UGAACCAUGUGACGUGUGUUUACAUCCUCUCAGCUGUUCCUCAAGAAAAACAGCGCUGGGGAACGCUACGGAAAUCUAUACAUCUCAUAACAACAACAGUGCGCUCAAAAACACAAGUCUGAUGUGCAUCCAGUGAAUUUAGCUCAUGCAAACCUCGAGAAUGAUUCAUGGCUUUACUAAGAUCUUGCUGUAGCUGAGAAUGGUCUGAGGUGAUUUGUGUGGGACACAGGCAUCACGACUGGGCAUCCCUGCGGAGAAUCGCUCCAGCACUUUCAUCUGGAUCUGUGAGGGGAUCAUGGGGGGAGCAGUCAGCGCUGGCGAGGACAACGAUGAUUUGAUAGACAACCUGAAGGAAGCACAGUACAUCCGCACAGACCGCGUGGAGCAGGCCUUUAGGGCCAUAGACCGUGGAGAUUAUUACCUGGACCGCUACAGAGACAAUGCCUACAAGGAUCUGGCGUGGAAGCACGGGAAUAUACACCUGUCAGCGCCGUGUAUCUACUCUGAGGUGAUGGAAGCCCUGAAACUCCAGCAGGGUUUGUCUUUCCUGAACCUCGGCAGCGGCACGGGAUACCUGAGCACCAUGGUGGGCCUGAUCAUAGGUCCAUUUGGAGUCAAUCAUGGUGUUGAGCUACACAAGGAUGUGGUGGAAUAUGCAAAAGAAAGACUCGAUGAAUUCAUUAAAAACAGCGACAGCUUUGACAGGUUUGAGUUCUGCGAACCACACUUUGUGGUGGGGAAUUGUCUGGAGAUUUCCUCAGACAGUCACCAGUACGAUCGCAUCUACUGCGGCGCUGGAGUUCAGAAGGACCAUGAGAACUACAUGAAGAUCCUGCUGAAAGUCGGAGGAAUUUUGGUCAUGCCGAUAGAAGAUCAGCUGACUCAGAUCACUAGAACCGGUCAGAGCUCCUGGGAGAGUAAGAAUAUCCUGGCCGUGUCAUUUGCUCCUCUUGUUCAGCAGAGCAGGACUGAAGGCUGCAAGCCUGAAGCUGUGGUGCUCCCGCUGCUGUCUGUGAGGACUCUUCAGGACCUGGCACGAAUCUACAUCCGCCGGACCCUCCGAAACCUGACCAACGAGGAGCACCCGGCCCACAACAACACACAGCGAGCGCCGCAGAAACGCAAACGCAGGCGCUGCCGCCGCCGCAUCAACACCUACGUGUUCGUGGGGAACCAGCUGAUUCCUCAACCCAUGGACAGCGAGGAGGACGAAUGCAUCGAGGAGGAGAGCAAAGAGGAGGAGCAGGAGAAAGACAUUGAGCCCGUCAAACCCGAGGAGCCGCGGGUCAAUCAUCUGAGAGACAAAAUCCUGAGUCUGCCGCUGCCCGAGUCGCUGAAGGCGUACCUGCUGUUCUACCGCGAGAAAUAACACGCCGUGUUGAAGCAUUAUUCAACGUUGGUUAUUUCCUUCUCAGACUACUUCUGACCCUCAAUUCCCUAGUUUUUGUUUUUUUUUUGUUUUUUUGAUAAUGUAGCAUAAUUUCAUGAUUUAAAGCGGUGUUUGCGAGAGACGCUGGAUUUGAUUGUGCUUGCUGUGUUUGUUCUAAUGACUCACAAUGUUGUAAUAUUCACAUUUUGAAUGUGAUUUUUCCCUUCAGAGGGGAGUUUAGAAAGCUUCGAGCUCACUUUGUAUUGAGAAGAGUUCACUGAAUGUGACGUCAGCUCUUUUUCACAGGCUUGUAUUGUAAGACCAGCUGUUUGAUGAAACCAGUAAUGACACUUUUCUUUCUUUUUUUUAAUUGUAGGGAGAUUGAAAAACUCGAGUCAUUAUUUUUGAGAUUGAUUUUCGCCGCCUUUGAAUCUCUGAAGCUUUCGGGAGUUUCUGCUGUUUGUGAUGCUAAUGUUUUCUAUAUCUCUUGGGACUGUUUUGGUGAAGUUCAUCUAGAGAUUAAAUUUUUUUUUGGGCCUGUUUUUUGCAUUUCUGUUUUUUUUCUAGUCAUAUUUGUAAGUACUGAUAUUGAGCUGUCUCUUAAUAGAUGAUGUAAUUUUUUCCUUGUUCCUUUUGUCUUUCGAGUCAACCUGGAGACCUAACGCUCCACUUUUCUGCUUGCGAUCAUAAAGAGCCGUCACUGUUUGUGUUGGUCUGUAAUCGGUGAUUUCUCACUGUUGUAACAACUUGUUUGCAAUAUAGUGUCCGCAUAAGAAAUCUGUGGCUUCAUUUUAGUUCUUCAGUUGAUUGUAGAGGAUUUUGUUACACUGAAAUGGAAUAUAAUAGAAUUUACAUCUGUCAUGUUUCUCACAUUUCCCAAAAAAUACACAGAGACGGAUUGAGAUAUUAAAAAGUAUGUUUACCCAAAGUAUGUUUACAUAGCACUCAAAAUAUGCAAUACCUAUCAUUAAAAAAAAAAAGAUCAGUACUGUCCUUGUGAAGCUAUAAAGCAUUACAUAUAUUUGGAUAUAAACAGUACCACCUGCUGAAAUGUUCUAGAUAGUGUGUACUGUCUCAAUAACUGUUCAAAUUAUUUUGGGAUGGUUGUGCAUCUCUGGUUUGUCCAAAAAAAGUCCUCCAGGUCCAUUUGACCGUUUCAUCCUCACAGUGGCUAAAGGAUGUCGAAAACCUGUUUAACCACUCGGGGACAGACAAAACCAUCAGAAAAGACUUCAAACUGAUGCUCAAGUUAACCACACAUGAUAUAAAGAACCAAAUAUAUAUAUUGUUCAGCAAAUUUAAGUUACUUUGUGUUUAGAGAUAAUGUUUGUUUUUGUUUUUUGUGACUAGCACACAGACUAAAAAGCCACACAGUUUCUUUGAUUUUUCUCAAGUUAAUUCCUAUCCCGUUAUUUAUGAAAUGAUGGUGAGCGGGAAACUAGAAUGUAAAGAUAAAAACCAAAAUGAUUUUUCAUAUUUUGCCUUACAGGUUAAGGGACAGUAUCUCUAAUAGAUCCACACCAGCACAGUCUAGAAACAAUGUUUAGAUCUUUUUAAACCGUAUUGCACCAAUAUUGACUUUAAAACUCAUAAGAGAAAUCCAUGUUUUAUUGAGAAAGUAGGAUGACACAUUUAAGUGUAAGAUUUUAUUAAACAAACCUUUAUAGGUUACAUAUCCCUCCUGAAAAUGAAGACAAUUUAUGACUAUUUCCAGUCAACUGAAAAUGCUCAAAGUGUUUGAGAUAUUGAGAGAAGUUUAAUUUCUGAGUGCAUCUAAUAAUUUUCUAAUACAUUUUUUUUUAUAAUUGCUUAUGGACUGUAAACCGGACUGUUUCUCAAGCUCUGUUGAGUUUCCUGAGAUCUAAUUCCACAGCGUGACGUCCUACAGAUGCUCCGUCUUCUUAAGUGUAUCACUGACUGUAAUUUGAUGCUUUGUUUCUCAACCAUCUUUUCAUUAAAUAUAUUUAUAGCCCA